GCCCCGUUGGUCACGAGCCGCGGACUCUCCACCAAGUCAUCGUCCACCUCGCGCCUCGGUCAGAUCUGCCGUUCCCGCCGGUCCGCCCGCCCGCCCGCGGCGGCGCCACGCAGCUCACGUCUCCACCCUUCUACAGCUCAUUCCCCUCCCCGGUCGCCGUCCCGGAUCUGACCCCUCCGCCAGGUCUACUCCGACGGCCGCCUCCCCCCACCCCCCCUCUUAAACCCCACCCCCUCCGCCUCGUUCCCCUUCCCUCACCGGCCACCACCGCUCGCAAGCUCGUAGCGAACCGACCUCGCCAUGGCCGCCGCGCUCCUCUCGCUCCUCCUGGUCCCGCCCGUCGGCCUCCUCGCGGCGCUCGCCUUCCUGGCGCGGCCCCGCGGGGCGCGGAUACCGAUCAAGGGCCGCCACGUGUUCAUCACCGGCGGGUCCAGCGGCAUCGGGCUCGCCAUGGCCAUGGCCGCCGCGAGGGAGGGAGCGCGGGUCUCCAUCCUGGCGCGCAACGCCGCCCGACUGGAGGAGGCGCGUGGCGCCAUCCGGGCCGCCACGGGGCAGGACGUCGGGGUCCACGCCGCCGACGUGCGGGACGCCGACGCCGUGGCGCGCGCGCUCGCCGAGGCGGGGCCCGUCGACGUCCUCGUCUGCAACCACGGGGUGUUCGUUCCGCAGGAGUUGGAGAAGCAGGAGAUGGAGGAGAUCAAGUGGAUGGUGGACAUCAACCUCAUGGGCACCUUCCACCUUGUCAAGGCAGCGCUCCCCGCCAUGAAGGAACGCACGAAGGAGACGCGCCUCCCGGCGUCCAUCGCCAUUAUGUCCUCGCAGGCUGGCCAGGUUGGAGUUUACGGGUACACUGCUUACUCUGCGAGCAAAUUUGCGCUUCGUGGAUUGGGGGAGGCCCUGCAGCAUGAGGUUAUUGCGGACGGUAUUCACGUCUCGCUGAUCUUCCCUCCUGACACAGAAACACCGGGUUUCGCUGAAGAGAAUAAAAGAAGGCCAGAGUUGACAAAUAUCAUAGCAGGAUCAUCUGGUGGAAUGAAAGCUGAUGUUGUUGCUACGAAGGCUUUAGAUGGCAUCAAAUCUGGAAAGUUUAUCGUGCCCUGCAAUUUUGAGGGAGCAAUGUUAGCUGUAGCCACUGCUGGUCUAUCCCCACAGAGUUCCCCGCUAACCGCAUUCCUGGAGGUGAUCGGUGCUGGACUCAUGCGAUUUGCAGCAAUUUGCUUCCAAUUUAAUUGGUUCUCAACUAUCGAGAAUUGGUAUGCCAAGAACAAGAAGUGUGCAUGAAAGGACAGCCUGAACCUGGGUUCCAGUCCUCCAUUGUGAAAUCAUAGAAGUUACAUUUUGCAACCAAUAAAUUAUCUUGUUAGUUCCAGCUGAACUGAAUGUACCAUGGUAUGCAGAUAAGUUGAGCCCUCUUUUUCUAUAUAUUUUUUCUGCUCUAAUUUGAGACAAUGUGAACGAUGUAGAUUUCACUCAUCUUUUCAGCAACUUAAUACAGUAAGUUAGCAA